ACUGCGACCACCACCACUCUCACUUGACCAGCAAAGAGCUUCCUUUUAAGAAUAGAACGGGCCAUGGUGAACCCUAGCGACACUCCUCCCGAUCCGUACGCGUUCCCCAAAGACUACACAUCAGACCCCGUGACAACACCAUAUGCAGGAAAGAAACGCGUUGCCAACGCCGUCUGUGUCGUGACAGGUGCUACUGGCGGCAUCGGCGCAGCCACUGUCGUCCGGCUGGCCGAAGAAGGAGCGAAAGGUGUGGUUGUCGUCGACUUGGACCAGGCCAAGUGCGACUCUUUCGUCGAGAAGCUGCAACAGAGCAAGACAUGUGGCCAGACGCAAUUCCUGGCCAGGGCUGCGGAUGUGACCAAGGAGGAAGACAUCGAGGGCAUCUUCAAGGCGGCCAUGGACAAGUGGGGCAAAGUGGACGUGGCCGUUGCAAAUGCAGGAACGGGCACGGCUCUGCGAGGAAUCACCGAAGAGACUGUUGAGAAUAUGGAGAAGAUCAAUCGGGUCAACAGCAUUGGCGUGUUUCUCACCAUCAAACAUGCUGCGAAAGUGAUGCGGCCCGACCCUAAAGUGCCGGGCACGGCGUCCAUCAUCGUCAUCUCAAGCACCACUGGCCUCUUCCCCGCCCCGUUGCUGUACCCAUACAGCACCUCAAAGUGGGCAGCGAGGGGCUUAGGUCUCUCAUCCGCUGCCGAACUUGGGCCCAGAGGCAUCCGCGUCAACAACGUCCAUCCAGGAGGCACUAUGACCCCGCUCCUGAGGGGAGGUUUCAGCACAGAGACACUCGAACGCAUUCGAAAAAGUUAUCCUCUCCGCCGCCUUGCGAAUCCCGUGGAGAUCGCCAACACCAUCCUGUUUCUGGCUUCGGACGAAUCUUCUUUCGUCACAGGUGCAACCCUCGAGGUGUCUGGUGGAGCGUGCAUGUGAAGGCUGUGACCCGCUCGACUUUCUCGAGCAACAAUAUCUUAUAACACAAGGACUUAUCGUGCGAGAGAGGAUGGAUUGAUGUGUCUGCUCCUUGUAGGCGAGGAAAUACUAUUGUUGAAAAAGGAGAUGAGUGCAGCUAGUGUACAAGAGAGUUGAGAUGGAGAAAUUGGCAAUGAGAGAUGAUCACAGGUAGGGGUUCCUUGCAUAGCCACCUGGAGGACCGCCCGAAGGAGGACCUCCAAAGUUUCCACCGGGAGGACCGCCGUAUUGGCCGACAGGAGGGCCCCGGGAAGGACCACCGGGAGGACCACCACCAGGCCGACCCAUGGGUCCGCCCAUCAGUGGUCGACUCUGACCCGUGUAGGGAUCCUUUUCGACGAGCAUGCUGACGUC